GUGACCACCAACUGACCAACAAUAUUGCCUGCGUGACCACUAACCUAACCUACUUCGCAGCAAGAAGCCAGACUGACUUCACUGCCUCACAACAAUCCUCAUUCACUGUCCAACAAUCUAACAAUCCAAACACCUGCACAUCGUCGACGGGCCAACAUUUCAUCUUAUCCAUUUCUACGCAUUUGUUCAUCGCUCACAUUACUUGUCCUUCUUUUGUUGCUGCGGCUUCGAACACCAUCACGAUCACAACCACCGUAUCUUUAACAAUCUUCCAACCAUCCUCUCAACCACUCGCACCUCAUCUCCGCCCGAAAGCGCCUGCACAAGAUCCAGUCCCUCGCUUACUGAAAUUGAACGAUUCUACCUUGACAAUCCCAUCCUCUACACUGCGAUCACCGCCACCGCCACCCCGAUCCCAUAUUCUCUCUCACACGCCUACUCCUGCUUUGCGUCAUCAAAGCCUGCGCCAACACCUCAUUCUUCACUACGAGAAGGUGUACAUCGCCACACCCUGUGAGGACAUGCGACCUCGAUAGUCAUCUCGAUCGAGCCCUCGGCUUCUUGAGCCCAACAUGGGAAACAACUCCUCAGUGCCUCGUGCUCAACCUGACGAUGGACAACUCGAAGAGCUCACACACCAAAAUACUGACACAUUGUCCGCCGAUCCUGAUGUAGGCUCUCGUGGGAGGACUUCGCGGCUGGCCCGACGAAACACUCAGUCUCUCCGUGCAGUAGGCCAGCGAGCCAGCAUCUUCUAUGACACAUUUCGACGUCAACGUCCCCACGAUACAUCGAACGUUGGUAUUCUCGAUCCCCAGGCCCCAUUGCGGCCCUCCGCCGACACCGAAUUUGAGCAAGAGAACAGACCUCUGGUUGGGUCCCAACUUCCAGACUCUAACAUUUCCCUCACUGUCACCCCUCAAACGACUUCUCGCAGGCGUUCCACAAUCUCAAGACUAGCAUUGAGAGUGCUUCCUGAGCCAAUCGGCCGAUUACGCGGUAGUCCUUUGGGCAGUGACACUGUCGAGGAGAACACCUUGCAUCACCCCGCUGACUCUGUCUUGUCACUACGCAGCACUCAAUACCCCGGACAUCAUAAUAUUUCAACCAGCAGACUAUCACUUAUGGCUCAAGAUUCAAGACAGGAAGAUUUGGACAUUCCGAAUGAUGAUCUGGCCGCUUUCCAGCGUAGUUAUCAACAUCCUUCAGAUCCCUCAGCCUCAGAGCCCUCCUCUUUUGAUGGAAUGCGAGAAGUUUCAAACCAAACCUCGUUUCCGCUUCGAUCUCGAAACAGAUUUGGCCGAGCCCGCGCUUCGAUUUCCUUGUCUUCCCGCAUUUCAAGCCUCCUUGGCCGCACAUCUGAGCAGUUCCAGUCCAGCCAGAAUUCGCGAGACUCUACUACCCGCACUACUCGAGUCGCUUUCGCAGAUGAUUCAGAUCGACUUCUUUCUCCUUCGGAACACCGUCGCGACCCUGACGACCAACCCCACGAACUCGACGCUGUUGAAGCAGAGACCAGAACAGGCCUCUCUAACCCACGAGUCACAUCUGGCAUGAGCACUAUUCGAAGGUUCCAACCCGGACUUCGGUCUCGGUCGACUCGUCUUAUUCGACGAGGAGAGCACCCUCCCCUGUCUCAAGUCCUUCAAUUGGCAGCUGCCGCCAUAGCUGCCCAAUUGUCGGGCCACGGGCCAGGACCCCACGCUGGCACACGUGCUCCAGGCAGCGAAACUUUCGAUGGAAGUAUACAAAACUUUGUUCAGACUCUCCAGGACGCCGCGACUGCACAAGCUGGCGAGAACAUUGACAUCAGCUCUACAGAUGGCGAUCUUCCUCCGGUGAAUUUUAUGAGAGUCUUCCAAUUUCCCAACGAUGAAAAUGGUUCCCCGAUAGCGUCGCAGGCACAGUCCCGGGACGUUGGCCAAGCUGAUCUGGACAACAUCACCGGGCCUGACGAGACUGAUCGAUCCGUGACAUUGGUUUUGGUAGGCGUGAGAUCUCUGCCCCAUGGCCAAGAUGCAAGCAAUGGCGAGAAUGGGUCACUAGGCCCUAGCCUCGACACUCUUCUGAGCUUGCCCUUCCUCCCUCCAGCCAACGUCUUGAGAAAUGGAAGUUCAGGAGCUCUUUUCCGCCGGUCAGAUGCGGGAGCAAGACGAUCGCAUGCCCGUCGGCACUCGAUGACCAAUUACAGUUUCCCCUCACAAUAUGACAGCCAGCGUCACCAACGUACACGAAAUUCAGUCGGGCGAUCCUCUUCCAGCGCAGAUCCUUCAGCGCUAACGGCGUCGGAGUCCAAUCCUACGACUUCACACGUAUCAGAAAGCCCGCCAGGACCAAAUCCCCCUCCUUCCACGCCUGCAGAUAUUAGGAGUGGACAAGUGUCACCCGCUCGCCGCCCGUCGUCGGCAUCGGCCGCGAAUCGACCCCAGCUGCAUGAAGCCGAAGAGGGACAUUAUCAGGCUCGAGAGCCAGCAAUGCCAGAUACGUCUUUCAACGCCGCACGGCAGAGAAGACGAAGUGACUCCGAGUUUGCACGCCGUCCAGAACUGGGAUCCGGUGCAGCGCGCCGCAAUGGGAUGGUGGAGCCAGAUCAUCCCCCUGCUGGAGUUGGGCGAAGUUGGCUCAUUUACGUUGUCGGCACCAAUGUCUCGCCUGACCAUCCGGCGUUCACUAUGCCCAGUCUUUUCACCGAUAAUCCAUCAUACGAAGAUAUGCAAAUGCUGUCGACGCUUCUCGGACCGGUGAAGCCUCCCGUCGCUAGUGAGGAUGAUGUCAAUGCAUCUGGCGGAUUGUUUCUACUCGAAGACCGUGACGGAGUACUGAUGGGGCAAGAAAUCUCGGGCGUUCAGGGAGAGACUCUUACGAUCGGGGUAGGGGAGCGAUGUUUGAUUUGUCUUUCAGAGUUUGUGGUCGCAGAGGAAAUUCGUCGUCUUGCAAAAUGUUCGCAUUCGUAUCAUCGCGAAUGCAUUGAUGAGUGGCUUACGACAGGUCGCAACAGCUGUCCCAUGUGCCGAGGCCAAGGCGUGCAGGAGCAAAGCGCGCAGACGACUCAAGCGACACGAGGCAAUUGAUCAGGAGUACGGGUAAAGUGGUUACAGCGAGGUAACCGUGUGAGGAGCUACAGGGCAUGUUUUUUUGUGUGCAUCAUCACCAUGAGCCGCAACGAUCUUGGUUGACCAUUAUUGACGGCGAGAGAAUAAGACACGAUGGACUGUGCGAUACGACACAGAAGAAACGACUUCCAGGAUGACACGAACUUGUUCAACGACUUUUUGCUUUAUUGGAAAGGGAGCCAAUCAGGCGUCAGAUGGAUAGGGAUUGAAUUGCGAAUGCAAAUGCGAAUGCAAAUUCAAUGCGCGGCACUGUACGGUCGACUAAUAUUUGCUGGCCAAUGAAUGACUUUGGGCAGACAUUGAAUCUCUUCUUUUCUUGUUGUGAUGCGAUUUUUACAUACCCCGUCAGUUGUUCUGCUACCAGCUUAGCUUUGGAAUGUAUAUCUUUUCAACUGAUGUCUACAGUCUUUUUGUGUC